CAUUUUUCCAUCUCACGAUACCACUCCAUCACGACCGUCAUCGCACAUAUACCCUCAAAGUCUACCACACACCCUUCCCAACCGCAAACAUGAACAACCCCAACCAAGGUGGUGCCGGUGCCGGAGGUCAGGAUUACCUCGACAAGGCCUUCAACGCCGGAGCCAAGAAGUUCGGCGGCGCGCAGGGUCAGAAGAUUGCUGCGAACCGUGGUAUGAGCGAGAAGAUUACCGACGGCAUGCGCAAGGCGUACGAGAAGGUCACUGGCAAGAAGGUUAACCCCAAGUACUCCAACUAGGCGGGAUCGCUCUUGCUAUCGUACUGUGACUGCUCGGGUCCGCUUGAGCAGUGCGGGGAGAUGACGGUUUUUCGGGUCAGCACGGCGGGCUGAGUAAUGAUUGCGGGCUUGGGCGUGGGAAAAUUGAUCAGAGCAGAUAUGAUGGAUAUGAUACCCAGGAAUGAAGUUCAAGGUUUAUUGAACAAUGAGCAUGCGU